AGAAUAUGAAUCCCUGCAGUCACGAAAGCUUUAAAUCGAAAGGUGACGACGUUUCGGCCACAACGCAAGCAGCCAUCCUCAGGUGAAGAACAGGGCUGUCGGAAAGACAGCGUCCGAAUCUACUGCUGGAUGAGGGCCCUCCACACCACCGUUGCGAGCGCUAUGUUGGACCAUACUUCACCACACUCACCCGAUGUGGCUCUGUGAAGGUGGCGAGCGUGCAGUAUUUGCUCGCUCUCGAAGGGAGAGAACGACUCGGGAGGCGUGAGGAGGAACCACAGACGUGCGGGGAAGACAGCAGCCACGCGAGGGAAGCCUCCGAGCUUUUAGCGGUCGUCACCAGCCAUGGCGAGCGGAGGCUCAGCUCCGCCAAACUUCUCCUGGGUGGAACCGGGCCGGCUGGCAGGCCUGGCCAUGCCGUGCGACGCCUCGCACUACCGCUACUUGUACGAUUGCGGCGUGCGUCACCUGGUGUCGCUCACGCACGGCAAGCCGCGUCACGCCGACACGUGCCCGGGCAUCCGCCUGCACGCCAUCAAGAUCGAGGACUUCCAGCCGCCGUUGCCGGAGCAAAUCGAGCGUUUCCUCGACAUCGUGAGCGACGCCGGCGCCAAAGGAGAGGCGGUGGCCGUGCACUGCAUGCACGGGCACGGCCGCACGGGCACCAUGCUCGCGUGCUUCUUGGUGCGCCAGCGGGCGCUGUCGGGGGUGGAUGCCGUGGCCGAGAUCCGCCGGCUCCGGCCGGGGUCCAUCGAGACGCGCGAGCAGGAGAUCGCCGUCACGCGCUUCUACCAGCGCCACAAGUGACGUGCGGUGUGUGGCGUGCGGUGUGUGACGUGCGGUGUGUGACGUGCGAUGCGUGCGGUGUGUGGCGUGCAGUGUGUGACGUGCGGUGUGUGGCGUGCAGUGUGUGACGUGCGGUGUGUGGCGUGCGGUGCGUGACGUGCGGUGUGUGGCGUGCGGUGUGUGGCGUUGCACCGCGGGCAUUGUUAAACACUCCGCUCGUAUCAUGAGCAUACGAAUCGACGUGCGGUCGGGACGUGUCGCUGCGCACUCACCACACUCGCCACACUCGCUGUACUAGCUGCACUCACUGCACUCACCGCACUCACCGCUCAUGUCGUCGCUGCUGCUCCCGUUUUGAAUUACGGUCUCGGCGUUUCGACAAUACCACACAACCCGCCCCUUACUUUAUGGACAUCUGAGACAAAGCGCUUCAUAGCUCAUUGGAUUCCUCCUCCAGUCGAGAUAAAGAUCCUGAUUCUGAAGCCUCUUAUACCUUGCAGACCGGACGUUGGGAACAGCUGGCCUUGAGCGAGCUGGAGAAGAGAGAGCGCCUUUAGACGGUGUGUUAGGCCUCCUCUUUCAUAAUGUCCAGACGUCUUCGAAGAGCUGGGAGCAAGCCACACUUGACCCCACUAUACGCGACCCUUUCUAUCUAUUGAAUGCGACGAACCGAUUUAUACCACUGGGUGGACAGAGGCAAUGGGGGGGGGGGGGGGGGUUGGAUUUUUGCGCCGUUAUUUCAACCGCCACGCCAGGAGAUGUCGUUGCAAACCUUUGAGCUUUUGGACGAACCCUCCAGCGUGCUGACCACAGCAACCACUGUGGCAGCUCGCGUGAUCUCUCGGUAAAAAGGGCGAGUCGUAUCUUUCGCUUAUCGGUGGACGUCGCCAUGUGUGCGUCAAACCGGUAACUGAUUGAGAUUUUUUGUUCACGCGAUUGCCAGAAAUGCAAAACAAACAAAAACAAAAGGAUUUGUCAGACAGAGGCAGUGGGCAAGUGACGCAAAUAGGCACGUGCCAGGAGAUGGAAUCGAACCGGCGACCUCUGGAGCACGCUGCUCACCGUUAAAUUGGGGUCGACGUACGUACGUACGUAAGUUACGUAAGUUGAACCUCUUUCGAUUUGAAGCUUUCGUGACUGCAGGAAUCCAUACUAGAAUUAAUAGAUCUAUACAUUUUCUAUCUACGUGACUUUGCCGAAUGUAGCCAACCGUGUGCGCCAAUCGGAGUGGGUAAGGGUUAAAUUUCGAUUUAAAGCUUUCGUAACUGCAGGAAUUCAUCUUCUUGGUUCUUUCAGUAAAGUCACGUAGAAGGGAAAUAAUAAAAUAAUAAAAAUCAAACAAUUGUAUUUUAUUAUUGGUAAGGGUUAGUUCAAUUUCUCUGCGUCCGCUAAAAGGGAAGACACUGCUCGCAUGUCAACGAGAAAACCGUUUCGCUUGUCGACUUUGUUCAAACUUCCUGGGUGUCCCAGUGGUAUCGUUGCGUGACGCCCAAAUGCGGCUCCGGCCGAUCGGCCCCGCCGCGUACGCCGACCGUCGCGAACGUGGCAACGGUAAUAUCUCAACACCCGCACGGGCUGCCCUUGGCAUGGUUUGUGUGUCCAAUUAAAAACCCUAUUUGCUCCUGUCAAAAACUUUGAAUUUUUCCGAAAAGUUGUCCGUCCUACUGGGACGACGGGGUAUUUAAAUUGUCUUCCUCUGCCUGUGGGUCACGCCACUCCCCCCACCACAUCCAGAGGGGGGAGGGUGCAGGCUUUGUUUCAGUUUCAUUGAUUAGGUAUAACCCUGUGAGCCAUGCGGCUCUUGACUCGGGUCCAACCGCAACGAAACAAAACACAUGAACAAGAAACAUCUUAAAGUGACUGACUGCCCGCAACAGAAAAAUCCUGGGACAAACAGCAAAGUCUUCCAGAAAAAAUACCGUAUUUCAACGCUGUGUGCAAAAAUCCCAGUGGUAUGCAAGUCAAACAAUAACAACCAUAAGACAAUGUAGAUUAAAGUUAUGAGGCUAACUGUACUACAACAAACUAACAUGGCUAAACCAAAACGCUUUCAAAAUCACCAAAAUAAAGCUAUAAAAACAUGGCAUGGAUACCGUGGCAUGGAUACUGUGCAGGAUAAAUGUUGAAAGUGUGUGUGUGUGUGUGGGGAGAGAAUGUAGCUCCCAGGUGGUGACAAAGCUCGCAGAUGCACAACGCGAAACGAAUGCGUUAUUAUUGUAGCACCGCUAUUAUUGUUACAAUAAUAAUAAUGUAACAUUGCUACAAUAUAAUAAUUAUACACGAUGCACCUUUACCGACACAAAGCUCUCGAGUACACAUCACAAAACACAUGGCUACCUACCGCUGCGUUGAGUGAAGGUGUGGACAUUUGUGUUUCCUGAGUAACCACGGUGGUAUUUUUGGGGGCUGCAGUGGAGGUGGAUUAGGGUGAACCACCCCAGAAAUUAAAUCCUGUUUGUCGUUUAAAUGACAGGCAGAUUUGAUGAAGUUGGAAAAAAAUAACGCCCCAUUUAUUGUUCAACACGUGUUUUUUGUUGCUGAUGCGUUUCGCUUCGUAAGUUAUCUAACCAAACCGGUGGAAUGUUGAAAAGCGAGCGUGCAGUUUUUCCCGGUUUCGUACGACGUUUCGCUGGAGAUUUCAGCCAGCAUCAUCAGGUCGUCGACAACGGCUGAGCUCUCGCGUGGACCCGAUGGUGGUGGCUGUAAUGAUGCACUGCUAUGUUUGUAAUCUGCAGCGAAUAGUCGGACAAACGUUGUGAGACAAAAAUGAUGCUUGCUUUUCGAUCAUGCUGCUGGCUUGCCAAUGAACCAAAUCAAUUGGACAUCUGUGAAAAAGACGUGUUUAGUUCAUCGGAUUCCUUCAGGAUAAAUCAAUAUUGUUAUUCUGAUAUUUGCCCAUGAUGUGACAACUUGAUUUGAUUGCCGGGUGGUCGAGGGUUUACAGUAAAACAAAGAAAUGGCAUUAUACACUACACGACGAUCUAACAUGAAAUAAACUAAUUGAGAAUCAUAA